AAAAUUGGAUUGUUCACAGAUAUUGAACUUGUGUGCGUGGAUGGACGAGUAAAGGCGCACAGAGCUCUUCUCAGUUUACCUUUUCCUUGGCUUCUAGGAAUAGAUUCAAGUCUAAUAAUUCUUCCCCAGAUCGAUGUAGGGUCGGUAAAGAAGGGAAUAGAGCUUCUUUAUUUAACUUUGGACCUAAAAUAUUUAAGAGAGCUGGUAAACUGUAAUUUUAAGCAUACAGAAGACGACGCUUUUACCUCGGUUGAAGAUUUAGAAGAUAUAUUUUCUAAUAUAGACGAUUCUUUGGAAGAAGUAACGCUGAAAAAUGCCAAGAUAAAAGUUCCCUGUGAUUUCUGCAAAAAACUGUUCUCAGCGCUAAAAAUAAAGAAGCAUAUGAUGAAAUGUGAACAGGUUCAUAUUGAAUAUAUUGCUGUACUUCCAGAACUCCAGUGUAAACACUGUAAUGCUGUUCUAGGAGAACCAUCUGCUUUAGAAGAUGGGGUUUGUAAGUUCUGCUCUGGAAGUAUAGAAGAUACAGGGGGUAUUUUCCCUCCAGUGUGUUUAGAUAAGGAAGAUGAAAGUAUUUCCUGUCCUAUUUGUGGAAAAGUAUUUUCAAGAAAAGAAAAUUUGACUCUUCAUGUUGAAGAAUGCAAAGCAAAGGAAAAUUUUUGUAAAGUGUGUGGACUCGUGUUUAAAUCAAAGAAGUAUUUGAAAGAGCACAUGUUUAUUCAUUCAGACAAGCAUAACACUUUCAGGUGUACAGAGUGCAAUAAACUGUUCGCAACAAGUAGAACUUUAAAAGAUCAUCUAAAAAUUCACAAAGAUUUGCCCAAGGUGCAAUGUCCUCUCUGUGACAAACUUUUGUCGACUGUAAAUAUCUUGCAGAAACACAUUGACACCGUACACAAUCAAAUCAGGAAGUAUGAAUGUGAACACUGUAACUAUAAAGGAAGUACAACAGGAAACCUUCAACAGCAUAUUGAUAGUUCCCAUCUAGGUAUAAAACAUGAAUGUGAUAUAUGCAGUGAAUUCUUUGCUAGUAAAGCAAGUUUAUACACACACAAGAAGUCUCACUCUGAGGAGCGUAAGUUUGUUUGUGUUGAGUGCGGAACAAGGUUUAAAAGUAAACGGAAUCUUCAGGUUCACAUUAGAAGCAAACAUAGUACUGUAACAAUACAGUGUCAGGUUUGCAGUAAAAUCCUGAAGUCUCAAGAUGGUCUUGAUUAUCAUAUGAAACAUCAUAAUCUAGACUCACAGUUCCCCUGUGAUUACUGUGGAAAACGGUUUGUAACACGAACUAAAUUAAGCCAUCACAUUAACAUUCACACUGGAGCCAAACCAUACAAGUGUCCCAGUAUAGAUUGUGAGAAGGCAUUUCCAUCUAGUGAUCAGUUGUCCCAUCAUAAGAAGAACUGCCAGAAAAUAUGAUUUUGUAUUUAUUUAAUUAUUUUAUGAACAAUAUUUAAUUGAUUUAUUGACCUUUGAACAAUUUUUAUUUGGAUUUACUAGACAGUGAAAACCUUUAAAUGAAAUUGAUUUUAAUUUUCUAACCUUUCAACCAAUAACAUUUAAGCGAUAUUAAAUCAGUAACAUUUAAACGAUGUUAAUUUAAUUAAUGACCUUGUAACGUUAUUUAUUUGAUCUUAAUGACCUUAAACUGUUGAAAUUAUAAAUUUGAUUUUUAAGUUUUUUUGGGU